UCCCCAAUCUUGACCUGCGUCAUCGACUGCUUUUCGAUUAUCCUAAACUCUCCUCUUAUUCCGAGCUGCUCCAAAACGCUGCUGCAGUGUUCCUGAUAUGCAAUAAUCAUAAGCUCAGCUAAAAGCUGUUUGGGGGGGUUUUGUUUCAGGUCAUUUACUCGAAUGACGAUAAUGGGUUGUUGCGUUCUCUCUCGUGACACAUCGGAUCGUUUCUCCGACCGAUGCUUCAACAUCUUCCCCUGUCUCUCCGAUCCCGUUAGAAGAUCUACGUUGUGUAUGAAACUGGCGUUGGUGAUGCUUCAUGUAAUCUUCGUUGGUUUUCUUUUCAUAUUGGAUGAAGAUUUGAUAGAGAAAUCAAAACAACAGCCUUGGUACACAUCCAUGUAUAUGUUGUUGGUUGUUGUUACAUUAGUUCAGUAUUUCUUUACAUCUGGUUCUUCUCCAGGGUAUGUGCUUGAUGCAAUGAGAGAAUAUGCUAAAACAGAAGCCUCAUUAAGAGCAUCAGAAAUCUCAAACAAAGACAACCUGCUUCAAGCAAAAAUGGGAGUGUAGUUGUGACUAUUGACAACAACCAAUUUGGAGAAAAUCUUUUAGGGAAUAAUCCAAUGAAUUGGACAAAAAUGGUGAUGGAGAUGUAUCCACCUGGAACAUCUGUCAGGACUUACACAUGUUCAUACUGUAGUGUUGUGCAGCCUCCAAGAGCAAAACAUUGCCAUGAUUGUGACAGAUGUGUUCUUCAAUUUGAUCAUCAUUGUGUUUGGCUAGGAACAUGUAUUGGCCAAGGCAACCACUGUAGAUUUUGGUGGUAUAUUCUUGAAGAAACAGCUUUAAGUAUUUGGACUGGAGUUUUGUAUAUUAAGUACUUACAAACUCACAUAGAAAAGGCUUGGUUGGUAGAUGUGAUCAUGAUUAUACUGUUGUCUAUCUUGUCAAUUGCAUUGAUAUUCCUUCUCCUUCUCCUUCUAUUCCAUAGUUAUCUAGUUGUGACAAAUCAAACCACAUAUGAGUUGGUGAGACGAAGGCGUAUACCAUAUAUGAGAGCGCUUCCCGAAAGAGUAUAUCCAUUUAGUAAAGGUGCAUGUCGAAAUUUAUACAACUUUUGUUGUGCAAGAACAAGUUUAUAUGCAAUGGAACAACUACCAAACGCACUUGAGCUAGAGCAAAAAUCGGUACCAUAUACGUGUUUUGAUGUUAUGAAAUGUAGAUGUUGUUGAAAAUGUUGUUACUUGUGUGCAUGUAGCAAAUUUUUCAAAAAAACAAAUUUGUAGUAUUGAUCAUUUGAUAAUGUUGUUUGUUUUUGUUUGAUUGAGAAAGGAAGUGAAAUGUAGCGGCUUUAUAUUUGGAUUUGAUUAGUUGUAAUAUGUUUGUGAUAUAAUUUUUGGUUAGGAAAGUAUGUUGCUUAAAGUGAUAAUUGAGAUAAAGUGUGUUGUUAUUCUAGGU